UUUUCUUUUAGAUUAAUCAAGAUUUGAUUUUUUAGUAUAAAUAAUAUAAACCAGCGGCCCAGGGAAUAUGUGGAAAAACCUGUCAGAGAUGGAAGUCUCAAAGGAAUCAGAGACACAAUGCCCAUCUUCUCAAGAACCUGCAAUUCAAAAACUCUUUGUCUCCAGCCGCAUUUUCCAGACUUCAGAGGUCAAACAAGAUGGACAUUUGCAAGGCAACCUUAUUAUAAAGGAUAAAGCAAAUUCUCAUCACCAAGCAGGCAUGAAGGCUGUAGAUCAGCUAGAGUUUGAGAGGGCUGUCACUUGCUUUACAAAAGCCAUAACACUAAAACCAGAAGAGACUCGGUUUUAUGUAGCGAGAGCAGAGGCCUAUCUUCAGCUAUGUGAUUUCAAGUCUGCAGCCCUGGACUAUAAACAUGCCCGUUAUCUGGAACCAGAGAAAAAAUCUUACUUGCAUCGCCUUGCCUUUAUUUAUUACCUGCAGGGCCAGUGUUAUUAUGACCAGGGAAUGCUCUUUGAGGCUUUGGAAUCUUUUGCCAAAGCUGUUGAACUGAAGCCUGACUUUAGGCCUUAUCACAUGAGAAGCUUGGCAUGUCUGACUGCGCUGGGUCGUCACUCUGAUGCUAUUCGGCUGUUGACAAACUGCUUUGAGAGUGACCCUCCAUCCAGUGACCUCUACACUCUAAGAGCACGUCUACAUCAUCAAUUUAAUCAGCACUUGCAUUGUUACUAUGACCUGAAGGCAGCCCUGAGGCUUAAUACGAGCUGUCCGGAGGCGCAGGCCUUGCUGGAUAUGAUGGCGCAGGGAGCCGAGUGCUCUCGUCAGCAGGCUGUGACUAAUGCAGUGGAGGGAGAGUUGUCUCAAGCCCUGGAAAAGAUUUCCACAGCUCUAGAGCUGAACCCUGAAAACUCUCAAUAUUAUGUUUUAAGAGGGACCCUUUACCGCAGACUGAAAGAUUUUACUUCUGCCAUUGAGGAUUUGAUGAUUGCAGUGGAAUUACGUAACGAUGAAGCAAAAGAUAUUGAUGGAGAAAGCCCCAAGGAGUCUAAGGAUCUGGACCAAGAUGCUUACAUCCAACUAGUGCUCACGUACAAUGAUUUUGCAGUCCACUGUUUCAACCAAGGCUUCUACAGCGAGGCCACCAUGCUUUUCAACAAAGCCAUCCAGGAGCAGAGUGUUGAGAGUGGGCUCUUUAUUAACAGAGGAGACUGUUUCUUUAGGCAGAAGGAGUGGCUUCUUGCUCUGGCUGAUUAUCAACAGGCUGAGAAGUUGAACCCCCAAAAUACAAUCAUUUGGCUUCGUUUGGCUGUUAUUCACAAUACACUGGGACUGCACAGUUAUGAGGAACUGAAUUUUCAGGAGGCAGCAGACAAGUUCUCAGUGGCCAUUAAGUACAAUCCUGGGGUGGCUCAGUAUUAUGGCAAUCAGGCUAAGGCUCUCAGCAGAAUGCAGCGUAUGGAGGAGGCUGAGCAGAAUGCUGUCUGUGCUCUCCUCUUAAGUUCCGCUAAUGAUGAGCUCGUCCCUCUGCUGCUCAGACUGUUCCCAGGCUGCUCUCUGUCAGAUGUCAUAUCCAGUGGCACUGCUCAAACAGUCAAAGCUCAGCUGAUGGAGCGAAUCCAGACCUGGAAACUAGCAGGCUUUCCUGUGUCAAGGCUGUCUAAUACGCUUGAGAAGAUGGUCCUUAGACACGACACUGACAGCCAGUCGGAAACAGUCUCUGAAAAGGCUCCAAGCAGGCAGGACGUGGAAGUGAGAUUUAAUCCUGUUGAAUACACUCAAGAUCUGGUCGGGAGCAGGGAACAGGUGAGUGAAGCGGUGAAGAAGCUCCUGCAUCAUAGGCUGUCUCUACAUCACACCGAACCUCGAAUUGCCCCGCUUCGCAUCACACAGAACUUAGAGGAGCAGGUAGCUGCUCGCACUUCUAAGCGUCCAUACUCCUGGAAGAAUUUUGGAGGUCUGGGCCUUCACACCUAACACCAUGCCUGAAAGUAGAAGGGAAGUUACAUGAAAUGUCUUGAGCCUUAUAGAUGAGUUUAAUGUGAAACACAGCAAUCAUUAUGCAAUCAUAAUGUGCAGAUGUUUCUAUUUUAUUGAAAUUUGAA